GAAAGAAAAUGUCUUUAUGACAGAAGAAAUAUUCAUUGUGAAUUGCUUUCAGCUUACCCACAAUUAAAACUAUAAACAAACAAAUUAAGUGAACUUAUUGUUACGUUUAUAUUCUGGCGCAACUGGCAUAUGCUAGCGAAUAAUUUAUGACAUUUUGAAAAUAUGUGUUAUUUUUUAUCCCCGUUCGGUGCUUAAAAAGCAUCGUUUACACCUGGAUUCGACAUACCCACGGUCGCUUGCAUUUUAAGCACAUUCAAUGGAUAAUGGAAAUAACAAAAUAUGAUUGGCUUUUCUGAAGCUGUAUUAUGAUUUAAAACCUAAAAAUCUGCUGAAGUGGCUUUCUUGAAAUUGAAAAUGACCAUGUCGAAUUUAAAAUUUAAAAAACGAAAACAUUCGUAUUUUGCUGGCAAAAUACCACGAUAUAAAAGUAUAAAACAUCGACCCCAUUUUUUCUAAAAAAGAACAAUAUUUUAGCCAUUUACGUCAAUAAUUGUAAUCUACUCUCUAAAAUAUUAUUUAUUCAUAUUCAACAGUCAUUGUUGAACAUAAAAAACGGCACCACUAAAUGAAUAUAUUCUAAUAAGAGUUGCUGCAAACAGCACGUAUUGAUACCAAAAACACAGUAAACAUAUAGACUACUAUUUGCGGUUCAAAUCGGUACAGAACCGUAAACUACUGUCAAGAGAGCAUUAAAUUCAUCGAAUUAAGUAAAUGUUGUAUCUGUCCGCUUGCUUACAUCGAAAAGCAAAAUUUACAUUUCAAAUAAAAAAGAAGUUUUUUCCAUUGAUUUUAAAUUUUAAUUCAUCAAAUAGUUGCCGCAUCGUUUUUUCAACCGUCAAAAAACGAAAUAAAGAAACUCACGUCACAUUACAUCGUGUCAUUAGCAACUGUCACUGUUGCGUUGACACAUUUGGAUUUCAUAAACAAUUGCAUUAAUUUGUCAUUAUUUCGAUUAUUCAGCCGAAAACAAUCGUUCUCUUUAUGUUCAUGUCGCAAUAAUAACAAUAAUUUAAUUCUUGCAUUUACCAAAUUAAGGCGAUUUAAUAAAAAAAAAAUGGAUUCUUUGGUGGCGAAGUGCUUUGUAUGCAAUGUGGAAUGUUGUGCUCAGAAUAAAUAUCUGGGUAUGAAUUUUGCACGUACAUUAACGAUAGAAAUAAGUUCAGUGCUUGUUAAAUGUUUACGUGAAAUUGUUGAUGUUGAUCAUGAAUAUUUCUGUACAGAAUGUGUGAAAAAAAUCGAAGACUAUGAUCAUUUGGUGCAACUUACUUCGCAAAUUGAAACCGAAUUAUAUGGACUGUAUCGUAAGAAAUUGGAGGAGCCGUGCUACCUAUUGGAUGCAGAAAUAAUCGAUGAUCACAAUGCAAUCAACGCAGAGAUAUUAAUUCAGAGUGACGAAUUGAAAAUGGAAAAGUCGUCGGAUAAUUCUGAUGAUGUAACUGAUGGAACCUAUGACGAUGGUAUGGUUGUGGAAUACUUGGACGAUUAUGAAGUACAGUCCGAUGAAGGUGACCUUAAUGAAGAGCAAAAAGAGCCAACUAUUAACGAAGCCCAUGAAAAUAAUAGCAGCGCAGAAUUUGAAAAGGGCGAAAAGUCCAACGAAAGUGUUGCUCAAAAGGUAACACAACGCAAAGCCAAACAAAAAAGAGGAAGUCUUCGCAGCCGAAAUGCGAAAAUGAAAGAAGACAAACAAUUACUCGAUAAUUUGUUUGAAGGUGAUCUAAAGUGUUAUAUGUGCAAAUAUGUUGCCGAAAAUCGAUCCGAUUUGGAAGUACAUAAAACGCUAAAACAUGAUGAAAUUCAAAAAUUGGUGUGCGACAUUUGUGGUCGAUCAUAUAAGUCGAAGUCAGCACUUUGUGUUCAUCUUGGCAUUCACAGUGGACGGAAUUCACACGAAUGUCACAUUUGCGGAAAAACAUUUACUCAGCGCGGUGCUUUGGUUCGACACAUGCCAAUGCAUACCGGUGAACAGCCUCAUCAGUGCGAUGUGUGCGGCAAACGAUUCACACAUUAUUCAUCAUUUCACAUGCACCAAAUGAUCCAUACCAAUGAACGAAAGAAAAAAUGUAAUAUCUGCGGCUCUGAAUUUCGGUCCAAUUCACACAUGACAAGGCACAUGAGGUCACAUACCGGAGAAAAGCCAUUUUCCUGCCCGAUUUGUGGUCAAAAAUUCGCUCAGAGAUACAAUAUGAAAACGCAUUAUAACACACAUAACGGUAUUCAUCGACCCCAGUCACGAAAUCAUAAGUGUGUCAUUUGUGACGAAGCAUUUCCACGUCGUGAAAAGCUCAACAGACAUUUGCGACAAGCACAUCGCAUUAGCGAUGCCGACAUCAAAAACAUAGCGGAACAUGGCCCAGAAAGCGAAAUCACCAAACAGAUUAUAGACCGGUUGAAAGCAAAUGUCUAUACGAAAGAGGAAAUAUUCAUUGAAUUCGAAUCGAUCGAUGGCAGUGAAAUGAUUUCAGCUGAACCACAAACAUGAUUCGUAUGUUUUUUUCUGGGAAACAAACAGUUUAUGGCUAUAGGCGAUAUUUUUGUUGAAUAUCAUAAGCAAAAUUUAGAGAUAUUGAAAUAAUA